AUGGCAGAAUGGCAUGAGCGGCGACUGGAUGACUGUAACAGAAAGCGUCGACGAGUUGAAGACUUCUUUGCAGAAGAAGAUGAACGCGUUGUUCUUUCUAACAGACACUAUUUAAAAUGUCUGGCGGAGGUUAUCCUCUUGUGUGCUAAACAGAAUCUUGCACUUCGUGGGCACGAUGAAUCGGAGGAGUCAUCGAAUCCAGGCAAUUUUUUGGCUGUAUUUGAGCUUCUUGCAAGGCAUGAUCACGAAUUGUUCAAACGAAUUGAAACGCUCCCCGGUAACGUAAGUUAUAAGUCUCCAGAGAUUCAAAACGCUUUGAUCCAGUUGAUGGCUGAUAUGGUACGAGAGAAAAUAUGCAGUGAAGUACAAAGGAGUGGCUAUUUUUGUCUUAUUUGCGACGAAAGUAAAGAUGUAGCAAAGAAUGAACAGCUUGCAGUUGUUCUGCGCUAUGUUCUAGACGGGACUGUUCAUGAGCGGUUUAUAUCUUUCACACCUCUUGGCAACCUUGCAGCAGACGGGAUAGCAGAGGAGAUCUGUCAAGUGUUGACAAGGAACAAACUUAAAUUGCAGAACUGCAUUGCUCAAACCUACGAUGGUGCUAGUGUCAUGAGCGGAAAGCACACCGGCGUUCAGAAGAGAAUCAGAGACAUUGCUCCGAAAGCCGUCUACACGCAUUGCUACGCACAUAGGCUGAACCUUGAUGUCGUUGAUUCUGUAAAGUCCGUUUCCUCGGCGAGUGUGUUCUUUGACGUCCUUCAGAGGCUGUACGUCUUUGUUUCAUCUUCUGCUGUUCACCCAAUUUUCUUAGAAGCUCAAAAACGUCACUAUCCGCAACGUUGUGAGAGCGUCACGCUGAAGAGACUUUCAGACACACGAUGGACCUGUCGAAUAGACUCUAUACGAGCAAUGCUUAAAUCCUUUACAGCAGUAGUCGAUGCCUUAUCCUCUUUGACAAAUGCUAGCAACAGCGAAAGAGCCAUUUUAGCUGCAGGUCUAUUGUCACGAGUGAAAUCGUUAGAGUUUACUUCAAACUUGGUUAUUUUCGAAAAGCUGCUGACUAUUACAAAAAAUCUGUCCGAUUAG